AUACUGAGUCCCGGACACUGUUAUGGUUCAUCACACUGGGGAUUGUUAUGGUGUGCCUUCUCAUGGCUUUCAUCACCAUCCUUCUGAUUCGUUUCAACGUCGUCCAAGUCGCCGCAGCACGGCCAUCCAUAACAAGGUCUCGAGUCAAGGUGCAGGAUGUAUCCAACCUACAACUCGCCAUUCCCCCGUACGCACCUCCGCCGGCUCCAGCCUUCCCAAAGGACCGUGACUACAGCUCGGUGUCAUCAGAGGACGAGCACCAUUAUGAAGACAUUAGGGUGUACCAGGAUCCAGAUCAUAUGUAUUACGACUUAGGUGAUACUGCCAAUGGGUCAAAUUGCUCAUCAAACUACGAUACCUUAAACGACUACGACAACGCCUAAAUAACACCUGUGGACCUCAUCAACGCCUGCAUGAGACCAGAGGACCAAAAUGGCACGUGUAUUAGACGAGAAGACGAUCACUGGACAUACCACGAUUUGUCUCCCGGCAAAGUAGCCUCCAGUCUGCCCGGCUGAGUAGCCACUUCUUUCCUUAUUCUGCGUUCUUUUUCCUCAUUUAUUGCUGUUUCCUUAUUCUUCGUUAUUUUUUGUAAUUCUACGUUUGCCUCCAAUUAUUUUUUUUCGUAUUCUAUGUUUUUACGUUCUCAGUUAUGCCUUGUCGUCUAAGUUGGAGUCACAUUUAAAAUUUACGGAUUCUUGUAAAUAAUUAUGAUUUACAUCUCUUACCUUCAGAUAUUAAAUUAAAUAUCAGAUCAAUAAUAAUUUGGUGAAUAUUUAACAGUACCUAACCUAACCUAACCUAACUUUCCCUAUCCAAACUUAAACUAACCUACCCAACUUUAGCCUUAAUUAACCUUAAUUCUAACAUAACCUUAACAUCAGCUAACAAAACUAUCAAAUCUACCCUAAUUUUAAUCUAAUAUAACCUGACCCUACCCUAAUCUAACUUAAAUUAAUCUAAUCUAAUCAAAUAUACAUGUACGUAGACAGCAAGUAUGGUAUACAAUAUACAUAGGCAAUGUAGGUAUACAGUAUACAUAGUGAAGGUACACAAACAAUGCACAUAGAGUCAUGGUAUAAAAAGAAGGUGAACAGAAAUAAAGUCACAGGAAAAAAAGUCACUUGACUUGUUCACAUUGACAACACAAUAUAUAUAUGAUGGCAUAUUGUACGUAGGUUAGGUUAGGUUAGGUUUUCCGUGCCUUUUUUUUCUGUGACUUUUUUCCUGGAUUCUACAAACACAGGUAAGCACUAAGUUAAUUCGACCAUGGAUAGUCCAACAAAGCCACCUGUUGUAUAUUUCCAGUAAGGUGUGACAGAGAAAUUUAUCAUUGCAUUACAGUCGAUAUUCAAAGUUACAGAAGUUCUAUUUACUGUAUUAGAAAACAAUCUAUAGACUACAAUGGUGAAAACAGCAACUCUUGAUGUAUUCAUAAUAUAUAACCACGGUGGUAAUUUAUUAAACACAUAGAUACAAAUAGCUUGUAUCGGUAACAGGAAGAAAGCAUCCUGGUGCCGAAGAUAAUGCUGUGCAUCCUGUGUGCCUCCUGCUUGUUGGUCAUGUGUUGUCGAAACCAAAUGUUAUUAGAGUAAGUCGUAUGUUACGAUAUUUUUAUUGUCGAAGCCAGAAAUUACUAUACUAAGGGUCGGCCAGAUGUUACUUUUUUUAUAUUCUCAAAGCCAGAUACAAUCCACGCACUCACGAAGCCAGAUGUUACCAUACUAACUAACUACGUAUAGUUCGGCCUGAUGUUACAAUCUCUGUUACAGCAUUCUCAGAGCCAGAUAUUAAUAAUCAUUAUAUUAUCAGAGCCUGAACUUGCCUAGCUUAAACUACAGAUGGGCAAGGGGCGACCUAAUUGAGGUGUAUAAGCAUCUCA